CCUCACUACGACUUCAACUCGCAUCACUUCAAACUCACCUACUCACACGCCCCUCAGCCUUGGCUAUUUAAAAUAUUUUGCUUCCACUUUAAAUUUUGCUUUUUACAACACUCGGUUUCUUUCUGGUUACAAUCGCGGUCAUCUGCAGUCAACUCAGUUGCUUUCAACAUUCGCUUGCUUCGUCAGCUUCCAACCACCUGCUACCUAGAAAUCUUAGCUUCGCCCAUUUCUCACCAUGAACGCGCCCGAUCGUUUCGAACUUUUCUUGCUGGGCGAUGGAGACAAGAAGAUUGAGGAGAAGGUCUACUCGGGGAUGUCAAACACCUCUGACUUCAUCUUGAAGAAGGAAGACCACACGCUUGGAAACUUGCUGUCGGAACACAUCAAGAUGCACCCCAACGUCUACAUGGCUGGUUACAAGAUUGCUCACCCCAACGUCCCUGACUUGUUCAUUCGUGUACAGACCGAUGGCACCAUCUCUCCACGAGACGUCUUUAUCUCUGUCUGCGAGAAACUCAUCAACCAACUCGAGACCCUCCACCAGGACUUUACUCGCGAAUGGGAACUCCGUCGUAUCACCAAUACCGGUGACCAAGGAAAUAUGCAGAACGGUGGUAUGUAAAGAAAAAGUAGGACUGAUUGCAUCAAUGACGGGGUUCGGUUAUCAUGUUUUCGGCGUUUUAGGAGACCCAGGGUUCAUGGAAAAGUAGGCUAGAUCUCUAUUUUCCAGCGUACAUGAAUUUAAAUGACAUAAUACUUCGACUUGCACAGACAAAAGAAGUUUAGUAUCUCGCAAUUUGGAAUGCCCAUUGCUCUUGAUUUAAGUGACAGCCAUCUCGAAUUGAAUCUAGCCUGAUACAUUGUAGUCUUCCACACCUGAUGUUGCCUUUCUAUUUUACUUUUAUUUUGGAGUUUCAUAAAGUCAUUAUGCAGUCGCUUCACCAGGGCCUUCGCCACCAGGAAUCAACUAAACUAUCGUUAGCAAAACGUACUUGGGAUAUCUUCCAUUGCCUUACCAUGCAGAUAUUGUUGCCGUUCAGCAGGAUCUUGGAGAGAUUUGUGUGGUUACCGGAGUAGUCACUACAAAUCAGUUAGCGUUGCGCCUUCUUGACAAGAGACGAUGAAACGUACAAUUCGGUAACGUCUUCUAAUACCAUGUCUAAAUUAUUGGGUUAAUCUCUUGAAACGUUUCAUCCCAGCUGAGUGUAUAUACUUACUGACAUAGUCGUCGAAGCCGACGAGAGUGCCACUGAAUUCUACAUUCUGUUAGUCGAAUAGAGCAAAACGAAAAGCGAGGAAACGAACCUUUUUCUCCCUUCAUAACAACCCAAAUUUUUGAGCCGACGCACUUGUCAAUAAGCUCUGCGACAAUGUUAGCAACAAGUUUGAUAAAGUAGGUGAUGUGGUAGACCGGCACCGAGAGGAAGUAAUUGUGAGGCCAUUCUGGGCUAUAUGAUUACACCAGCCAGAGGACCGGUUGGAAUGAAAUGCAAAAGGGGCGAUAGAAUUUCGGAAAGGUAUUGAGAAGAAUUUUUGUGAGUUAAUUCUAAGCUGUCGGAUUUCACUGAUUCGCCAGAGGAUCCCUGCU